UUAGUUGUCGCCACCCGCCACCUACAAAUUCUGCGGAGCCUCACUUUACUUGGAGCCCAAACCAAACCAGUAACCACCGCCGGCCGCCGCUGAGAGCUAAAAAAAUGGAUUACGAUGAUCGCGAAGCACAGGAUCCGGCCUCCCUAAGCUUUCCCGUCGGUUUGGUUCUUCUGCUCACAUUUUUUUUCUGCAUGUGUUGCUUUUUUUCUUGUUGCCUUCACUGGGAUAAGCUCCGAUCAUUCCUCGGCUGUCCCGACCACCGCCAUCCACCUCCUAUUCCGCCGGAAAACGCCGCCUCAUCGCCGCCAGACAAGAUUCUGCCUCUCCAUACGAACCAGUCGCAGAGCCUGCCGGUGGUGAUGCCCGGCGACGAGUUUCCCAGGUUCAUAGCAAUGGCUUGCCCUCCGUGUGCGGCGGCGGUUGCGGCGGCUCCGUUUGUGGAUGUUUUAGUGCAGAAACCUCCACAAAGUACUCCGGAUUCUUCUGGAGCUCUCUCUUAAUUUUUGUACAAAUUGAUUUUGGAUUGGAUUAUUCGCUGGGGAUUUGUAGCAAGUAGCGAUGUUCAUAUUGCUGGUCUCUGUUUUUGAUUAAUUACUUUAAUUUUAUUC